AUAGAGACAGGAGAUUGUUCAUAAGAAAAAGUUCUGAUUGUGUGAACUUACGUGCCGUGGGCUGGGGCGGUAGUAUUGAUCUGAUCAUUUGAUCAUGCGCAGCCGCAGCCGCAGCCGUCCACUAUUAAUCCAAGUUUGAAGACUGAAUUCGAGUUCUUCCGAACAAAAUCGUCAACCCUUCGCCGCCUUCAAUCCAAUCGAAGUUCUGCCGGAAUUCGCAAUGAGAAAAACCGGAAGAGGAGGGUGGCGGGAUGAUCAGAAUCGAACCUGGGUCGCCAAACACGGGAAUCAAACACACAAUCACUCUUCUUCCUCCGCCCCCCAACGCUCCGACCUCAGAAAUCGUCCUUAUACCAGUCGGAAUUCCAAUUACGCGUCUCCUAGUCGCCGCCCCCACGCCUCCCGUUCCCAGUUUGUCCAGAAAGCAGAGGCGAAUGCUUUGGCUGAUACAGUAGAAUCUUUAACUUGUGAUGAAAAGCAUGAUACGGGUUCGAACAGUGAGAUUAAAGAAGAGGGAAUUGGAAAUUCGGAGUCAGGUGAGGCCAGGGACGAUGUUUACACUAGGUUGGAGAUGCUGCAGCUAAAUUCUAAGGAGCCGGAGUUGUCGGAGGAGCAGCUCAGGAUCAACGAUCAGUUGCAGGAAGAUGAGUUGCUGGCUUUGGAGUCCAUAUAUGGAGAAAAUGUAUACAUUCUUGAUGAACAAAGAGGGCAGCACUGUUUCCAGAUUUCCAUUCACAUUGAGAGUCCUGGUGAAAUUUCUGUUACUGCAAAGCUUAACUCACCUGGUGCUGUUGAGAUCAAAAGUAUUAAUUCUGAUGACUUCUCUUGUUCUUUCAAAGUCAAGUAUCUUAUCCCCAUUGUUUUAACCUGUUUAUUACCUAAAUCAUAUCCUAGUCACCUACCUCCAUAUUAUACGAUCUCCAUUCAGUGGUUGGAAUCUGCUAGAAUUUCCAGUCUUUGCUCCGUGCUGGAUGGGAUAUGGACUGAACAAGUGGGGCAGGAAGUUGUAUAUCAAUGGGUAGAAUGGCUACAAAUGUCUUCUCUGGCUUAUCUUCAGCUGGAUAAAGAGAUAACGCUUGGUCCUUAUGACAAGAGACAUUCAGGAGAUGUGCGUGCAGUUUCAGGAAGCGUUUCUCCAGAAGUUGAUGUUCCUGCAAUAAAAAAUUACGACAAUCAGAAACGUGAUGAGGACUUCUGCAUGAACUUGCAGGAAUGCUGCAUCUGUUUAAGUCAGUAUGCAGGUACGAAGUUUGUAAGAUUUCCAUGUAAGCAUUACUUUUGUUGGAAAUGCUUGGAGACAUACUCAAGAAUGCAUGUCAAGGAAGGCACCAUAAGCAAACUCAAAUGUCCAGAUGCCAAAUGCGAUGUUAUGCUGCCUCCUGGUCUGUUGAAGCAAUUACUUGGUGAUGAAGAGUUUGAAAGAUGGGAAUCCAUGUUGCUCACAAAAACACUUGAAUCAAUGUCAGAUGUGGUCUAUUGCCCUAGGUGUGAAACCCCCUGCUUAGAGGACGUAGAUCAUGAUGCUCAAUGCUCAAAGUGUUUCUUUAGUUUUUGUACACUCUGUAGGGAGCGACGUCAUGUCGGAAUUGAAUGUAUGACUCCAGAAAUGAAGCUUCUUCUUCUUCAGGAGCGUCAGAAUUCAUCUCAGUUAAGUAAUAAUCAAAGACAAAAGGAACGCGAGAUGAUAAAUGAGCUUCUUAGUGUCAAGGAAAUUCUUCGUGAUGCCAAGCAAUGCCCGUCUUGUAAAAUGGCUAUAUCUCGGACUGAGGGUUGCAAUAAGAUGGUGUGCAAUAACUGUGGACAGUAUUUCUGUUACCGAUGUAGCAAGGCAAUUGAUGGAUAUGAUCAUUUCAGGGAGGGCACAUGUGAACUGUUCCCACAAGAAACCAUUCAACAGUGGGAAGAACGCAUGAAUAUACGGCAGGUGAUGGGCCAGAUCCAAGCAGAACUUUUUCCUGAACAUGGUCAUCCAUGUCCUAAUUGUGGUCAACUUAAUGCCAAGGUUGGGAAUAACAAUCACAUACGUUGCUGGGCAUGUCAAAAUCACUACUGCUAUUUAUGCAGAAAAGUUGUGAAGCGCAGCUCCCAGCACUAUGGUCCCAAGGGAUGCAAACAACACACAGUGGAUUGAUUUUUAACUUUUCGAGUUCAACAGAAACGCUCAAAAAUAAUUGGUGCUUUUACCAGAACCUUCAGAUUGCCAUAUUUUGUAAAGCUUUUAUUUCUUUUAAUACUUGAAAGCUGUAAUAUUUUCCACCUUUUUUUAAUUUCUCCUUUCUUCAUUUUUGAUCGAGAGACAAUGCUAGUUCUAAUUUAAUAUUCUAAAGUUUCAUCGUA